AUGGCUUUUCAAUGGGAUUGGGCUUGUUCGGUGUUGGGCAAUGAUGAAAGUUCACAACUACAACAGCUUUUGGGCCUCAUUACUGGGCUAAAUAUGUCGGCUGGAUCUGACAAAUGGCAAUGGAAGAUUGAUGGUUCAGGUUGUUUUAGUGUUGCAAGUAUUAAAAAGGUGCUGAAUUCGGCUAAUCGCACAAGACCUGCUAGAGUUUUCGAGUGGAUCAACUGGGUUCCGAAAAAGGUUAGUAUCGUGGCAUGGAGGGCUGAGAUGGAACGGUUGCCGACGAAGGUAGCUCUAUCGAACCGGAACAUCCCGGUGAAUAACCGGCUGUGUGUUAUGUGUGGUAAUUAUGAGGAGACUUGUGAGCACUUGUUUACUUCAUGCCACUAUGCACAGUCGAUAUGGCUAUAUAUAGCGAGCUGGUGUAAUAUCCCACCGAUUGUCGCCUUCGACAUUAAAGAUCUUCUCACGGUACAUAUGGUUAGCGCCGGCCCAAGAAAGAAAUUAAAAGCAUUGUAUGCGGUCAUCUUGGUAACAUUUUGGAGUAUUUGGAAGUCAAGAAACGAGCUGGUUUUCACACAAAAAGGGCCGAGUUUGGCAAAGACUCUAGACGAAGUGAAAGCAAUGGCGUUUUUAUGGGUAAAAAAUCGGUCAAAAAUGGCGUCUUUAACAUGGGAAGAUUGGUGUAGAUUUAAGGUUGGUUGA